CUACACAGGCGGAUAAGGUGACGGUCCUACGUGGCAUGAUCGGCCACUCGUCCCUCCACAUUUCUAGACCUCUUCCAAACUAGACCUCUUCAUUACUCCGACACGAGAACUCAAUAUCCAUGGCUUCUCCCACCAUAAUCAGCCCCGCCGCCGCCGCCGCCGCCGCCCCUUUUAAACCAAUCCUAACCCCAACAAGAUUUCAAUCAAUUUCUGCCGCCUCUCGCAAUGCUAUUACUUCCAACCGCCGAGAGUUCAUCUCGCUUUCCGCCGGGAUAUUCUGCUCUAGUACUCUUGCCGCCGCCCUUCCCGCCCGCGCAGCUUCCGACGAGGAGUACGUAAAGGAAACUACGGAGGUGAUCGGAAAAGUCAGGUCGACGAUGGGGAAAGAAAAGGGGGACCCAGAUAUAGUAGAUGCGGUGGCCGAUCUAAGACAGGCCUCGAAUUCAUGGGUGGCGAAGUACCGGAGGGAGAAGGCACUCCUCGGACGGCCGUCCUUCCGCGACAUCUACUCGGCACUGAACGCCGUCUCCGGGCACUACAUCAGCUUUGGGCCGACGGCACCGAUUCCGGCAAAGAAGAAGCAGAGGAUCUUGGAAGAGGUGGAAACCGCAGAGAAGGCGUUGCAAAGAGGAAGAUGAUGCUGUUUUUUGGGCGUAUCUUUAAUUUUACCUUUGCUCUGUAGAUGCUGGGUUUUCUUAAGAUUGUCAUACUAGCCAUGUUUAUUCCCAGAAACAGGAAAUUCUUGAAAAAUCUAAGUUAGUAUGGGGUCUAUAUUCAUAAAUUGUGGGCGGGAUUUGUUUUGAACUGGAC